CCUCCCCGAGCCAGGAGCGAACCCAGGCGUCCGGGCUCCCAGCCCCUGUGCCAGCCAGCAGAUGUUGGCCGGGCGGAUUUAUGCAGCAGCUGCCCUGUUUGGGAUGGCGAUAGGUCACGGGGGUGAGGAUAAUCCCCUGGCGUGGGAGCGACUAUAAACCCCCCACCCAGCCUGGCACAGCCGCCUCCUCCUCCAGCCACAGCUCUGGCUCCGGGGCAGCAGCUGGCACCAUGCAGAACGCCCUGGGGCCCGCCUGCAUCUUCCUGCGCAAGGGCAUCGCCGAGAAGCAUGGGCACCGGGAGCUGGGAGCGGAUGAAAUCGAAGAGCUGCGUGAGGCCUUCGCGGAGUUCGACAGGGACGGGGACGGGCUGAUCGGCUGCAAGGAGCUGGGCCAGCUGAUGCGCACCAUGGGCUACAUGCCGACCGAGAUGGAGCUGCUCGAGCUCUCGCAGCAGAUCCACAUGAACCUGGGGGGCCGGGUGGAUUUUGAAGACUUCGUGGAGCUGAUGACACCCAAGCUGCUGGCCGAGACGGCCGGGAUGAUCGGGCUGCAGGAGAUGAGGGACGCCUUCAAGGAGUUUGACACCAACGGGGACGGGGAGAUCACGCUGGAGGAGCUGCAGCUGGCCAUGCAGCGCCUCAUGGGCGAGCGACUCACCCCCCGCGAGAUCAGCGACGUGGUCAAGGAGGCCGACAUCAACGGGGACGGGACCGUCGACUUCGAGGAGUUUGUGAAGAUGAUGUCACGCUGAGGGGGGCUGAGCCCCCCCGAGAUCAAAGACUGACCUUGGACAGGGGGUUGAGCCCGACGCUGUCAAGACACCACCAAGAUUAACCCCCAAAUCGCAGCCUCCAGCUCCCCUCACCUCCCUGCCUGCUACCCCCAGAGCCCCCAGAGCCUUCCCCGGCCUCCCCCACAGCCUGUCCCCCAGACCUCCAGCCCCCACCACCUCCCUGCCAGCU